AUGCGCCAUUCAACAGCUGAACCGCUUUCCAUAUUCCGUCCUGUGUACAUCGCCCUGGAUAAUCGUCUUUUAUUCGAAGUCUGGUUUGUUCUUCUUCGAGCAUUCGCGCUGCCGGAUAUUUUCCGACUGGAUUCGCCUUCAGCCGAAGGAGCGUUGGAGGUUACGGAUUUGGAGUCAGAGCUUUCCGGCGAGAUAUUCAGGAUUGAGAAGACAAUCAGCUUACGGGUGACGGAGGCAAAACUGAGACCGAAGACUUGUUCUCCCGACGUUGGUUUCAUCGACCGACAGCCCAAGGACGCAGACCCUUUGAUGGGCAACUACUUGACAGAAGUCAUACUGGAUGGCGAGGUCCGCGCUCGAUCAACGAUUAAAACUGGAACCAAGAAUCCUUUCUGGCGGGAAGAUUACCAAUUUUCGGACCUUCCGCCGACUAUGCCGUUCCUUUCCAUUAUUCUGAAAAGAGUGGACGGGAACCUGGAAAGUUUCAGCCACCAAUUGCAGGCAUCGCUUGGUUUGCCCAAGACUGGAAAUCUGACUGAGGUUCUUUGCGGCUCUGUCGACAUCCCUUUGGACCAUGUCGAACCCGGCAAAGACUUCGAGCGGUGGCUUGAGAUUUAUGACGAACGACAGCAAGUUAUGGGCACAAUGCUUGUGAAGCUCCAUCACGAGGAGCUCGUCGUUCUUCAUUCUAAGGAAUACCAGGCGCUGUCAACUUUGCUUCAUAGCUUUCCGUCCGGUCUUACCGCUCAGAUUGCUGAUGCGCUUCCUGGCAAUCUGCGGCGGCUUUCCGAGAUCUUUCUAAACAUCUUCCAAGUGUCUGGUCAUGCGAACGAAUGGCUGCAAACACUGGUCGAAGACGAGAUCGACGGCAUUGGCGGCAGCCAAAACCAGAUGAAGAAGUACCGAUUCAGCAGUCGCUUGAAAUCGAAUGAGUCCAUGGAUUCAUCCAGCGACAGGGAGCAGAUUCUUCGUGACAUGGGUAAAUCUCUUGCGGGAGAGGCCAAUUUGUUGUUCCGAGGCAAUACGCUGCUGACGCAAGCUCUCGAAUUCCACAUGAGGAGGUCAGGAAAGGAGUAUCUUGAGCAGAUGUUGCAAGCCAAGAUUUUCGAGAUUAACGAGACCAACCCCAACUGCGAAGUCGAUCCGAGCAAGCUCAAACCUGGUGAAAACAUCCAGGAGCAUUGGACAAGACUCAUACAGUUGACAACGGAGGUGUGGCAAUGCAUUUGCAAGGAGCCCACGAAAUGCCCACCGGAACUUCGGUCAAUCCUCAAAUAUGUACGAGCCGUGGCUGAAGAUCGCUACGGCGACUGGCUACGAACCGUCACUUACACGAGCGUCUCGGGCUUCUUGUUCCUUCGUUUCAUUUGCCCGGCAAUUUUGAGUCCCAAGCUCUUUGGUCUAUUGAGGGAUCACCCUAGACCUCGAGCACAGCGAACGCUCACACUGGUUGCCAAGGCUCUCCAGGCCCUUGGAAACCUGUCUACGUUUGGCAAGAAGGAAGAAUGGAUGGAGCCAAUGAACAAAUUUUUGGGUUCCAACCGUCAGUCGGUAAAGGACUACAUCGACACGAUCUGUGCCAUUCCUGUCGAACGCAAUAAGGUCGCCCUGGGUCCAUCCUAUUCAACCCCUAUCGCGAUUCUUGGACGGCUAUCGCCAACGGCACGUGAAGGGUUCCCUGCACUGCCUCACUUGAUUGAUCACGCUCGCAAUUUCGCAGCGUUGGUCAAGAUGUGGACUGAGGCCAAUCCUAUCGGAAACGGGGAGGUAGUCAAACCUGUAGGCGGCGAAGACGACAUCCUCAUUUUUAAUGAAAUGUGUUUGGUGUUGCAGGAGCGCGCCGACCUAUGCUACUCGAAACUGGAUGGUUCUUCUCACGAGACUGCGUCCCUUCCUGCCUCCGAUUUCGCCGACGCCAUGGAGCAAAACUCUGCCAUUCUGGAUUCCAUGAGCCUUUCCACGCAUCACAACAACCACUCAGCGCCAACCUCAGCGAACACGUCUACAGUUUGGCUUGACCAAGAUAAUUAUCAACCCCCCGGGUCGGCUGGUAGCGAUGUAUUGAUCGAUGUUCCUACGCGAAGAAGUCGUGAGCAUCGCCGUGGCCGAGAUUUCAGCUCUUUGCGGCAAGCGUCUGGACAUUCAGAGCACGCGUCUUCGCAUUUGGCUACGCUCAAGCGUAAUGGCAGGGCUACCCGUCACAUUCUGUCUGGAAUUAUGAAGCCGUUUGCGCGGAGCGACUCGCCUGAGUCGUCUCCAUCCACAACACGCGGCAAGAAUCUUGACCGAUCAUGGAACACUGGCUAUUGA